AUGACCUGUGACAAGGGAAAUAAACCACAUGGUGGGAAAUAUACUAAGCUGGUGAAUUGUCCUGCAAGAAUAAACGCUACUUUGAAAGACAAUGGCUUAUGGGUUGUUAGACGAGUCGUAACUAACCAUAUCCACCAAUUGGAUCCAUUUAUGUCGAGGUUUAUGGCUCGUCACAGGUGUUUGACUGAUGGUGUGAAAAGAUCACUAGAGGCCAAUGAUAUAGCUGGAAUAAGGCCUUUUAAGAGCAUUAGAUUGUUAGAAGUACAAUCCGAUGGUCUAGAAAAGAUGGGAUGUUUGCCUAAAGACUGCAGAAAUUUUAUUUAUAAUAGGAGAAGGUUGCGACUAGAUGAAGGUGGCGCCGAGUCCAUCCAAAAGCUCUUUUCCAGGCUUAGAAAUAUAUUAUGGGUUCAUCCACGAGGUAAAGCUGCGUAUGAGGAAUUCCAUGAUGUUAUAUACUUUGACACAACUUACCUUGUGAAUACCGGAUGCCUUUUGCAACAUUCGUUGCAAUGGGAGACACUCAUCCCCAUGCAAUUCUCACUGAUCAAUGUGAAAGCAUUAUGGGCUGCUAUCAGGGAAGUAAUGCCUGAAACAAGAUAUAGAUUCUGCUUAUGGCAUAUCCUUAGCAAAUUGUCAAAGAAGUUUAAGGGUGUGGAAGAUUUUACAAAAGCAACCAAUGAGUUUAAGGCUUUAAUAUUUGACACUUUGACGAUUGAGAUGUUUAAAAGAAAUUGGAAUGAGUUUCUGACCAAGUAUGGACUAGAAAAUAAUGAAUGGUUAACGAAGCUUUAUUUUGAAAGGGAGAGUUGGUUUCAACAUGCAUUCACUCAUGAAAUGUUCAAGUUGGUUCAAGAGCAGAUUAAGUGCCUAUGGUACUGCGAUGUGAAAAUUCUAAAUGAGGAUGAAGGGAGCAAUAAGCAUGGGAUGGAGAGAUACAAUAUACUUGAGAGGUGCAUAAUUAAUUACUGGUAUCACAAGGAGUUUGUCUACAAUGUUGAGCAUAGAGAAAAUGGACAAUAUUUCAGUUGCAAAUGUAGAAGAUUUGAUUCAAGCGGAAUACUUUGUUGCCACAUCUUAAAAGUGAUCAUUACAAAAGGCAUUGAGGUAAUUAAUGAAAGAUAUUUACCUAGGAGGUGGAGAAAAGAUGUGCACCGUCCAUAUAAUAAAAAGUUUUUUGCCGGAGGCUAUCCCAUGAUGACAGAGGAAUACAAAAAAUACCGUGAACUUGAGGGCGAUUUUGAGCAAAUAAAUGACAUUAUUAUUGGCAACACACAAAAAAUGGAGUAUGUCAAAAGGCAGCUUCGAGUUUUGAAGGUGAAUUUAUCAGAAUGGAAUGAUGGAUUGUUAGCUUCUGAAGUAGGCUUAGAAAAUGUUGGUGUUGCAAAUUCUGAUAGUUCAGUUGCUAUUUUGAAUCCACAUGAGGCUCGCAGCCAUGGUAGGCCAUGA